AUGUCAUCAUCUCGUAGCCUUUUCAGGCCUCGCAUUUCUGCUACCAUGGAGUUCCUGCAAAAGGUGCCAGACUCCUUCUACUAUGUGUGCCGCCACGGCAACACGCGGUAUGGCAGCGUCAGGGUGAGACAUAAAUGUUGCAUUGACUCCUUGUAUGGCUUCUCACACGUCGAACUUGACCUGGAGGACUUUGAUUUGGACGAUGUGGCGGCUGGGCUUUCCUAUUCCGAGGCCAUCUUCGAUGCGCUUCCCUACACAAAAGGGGAUAUCACUGCUGGAAGCUUUGACCGCGUAAUCCUUAGAGCCAACCUUGGAGACUAUAUCCCAAGCAGCGCAGCGCAUUUACUCGCUAAGAAGAUGGCCACUCUGGUUGUGGCCCUAGAGGAAUCUCUGAUCCUUAAGCUGGUGGCCCCAAAUAGCGAAUACCGUGAUUUCAACCUGGUUACCAAGACCUCGAACGCGGCCCUACACCUAGAGACCCAAGACGACGCCGAGAGCCCCGACUACGAAUCCCAUGUGCCUCCGGUGACAGCCAUGGAGUCAGCAGCCUGGAACAAUAGAGGCCGAGAGCGCAUGUACCGCAUCAUUCGUCGGAUAUGGUUAACCCCUUCGCUUCAGGAGCUUCUGAUUAUCCUGAGCGCGUGGAACUACUCAAGUUGUGGCUUCUACUUGGCGUUUGGGGACUCCCAAGGUUAUUGGGAUCCCGAAGACGCACCCACUGCAAUUAGACAUCGGAAGAAUCGCGAAGAUCAAAGCUUGCCUCCCUCUGGUAUCGAUGCACGUGGAUACUCGAAUCCAGGGUGUUACGAUGCUUUAUUUGGCUUCACAUAUCUCCAAGCAACAUUUGAACAUACGCUAUUCCGUAAUUGGGUCGAGGUUUUCGCCCGGAUUAUUGAGUUAGCUAUGGCUAGUCCUGAUGAGUAUAGGGAAUGCCUCGAAGCCAUUUUUAGAAUCCAAUAUAGUACUGAUCAAGGCAGCGUAGCUUGGGAGCAGCUAAUGGAGCACGUUCUUAAGCUAGGGCACUGCAUUCAGGAUUGGCGGGACCAGCUUGCUAGGUAUAAGCAAGGGGAGAUAAUCGCUGGCCUAUCCAAAGAUGGGCUGCUACCGAAGCUUGGGUAA